AGGAUGAGAGAGAAAGUACACUGAGGAGUUGUAAAGUUGAUAGUGUGGGGGUGUAACAAGCGCUGGCUACCUGGGCUCAGGUACUGAAAGCCCAAACACAACACGACCUCAAGGCAGCAGGAACACACACUGCCUCCCCUCCACUAUGAUGCUGGUGGGCUCCCCAGUCAGCAGCAAGCACAGCUCCCCCCUCCCUGCCCACAGCCUCAGCCCGACGGGGGGUCAAUCCGACACAGAGUCCCCCUCUGCCCCCUCCCCCUCGCCCCUCUCCCGGGCCCCUCUGCCCUGCUGGGCCACGCAGGCACUGUGCGACCUCGCCCGCGGCGAGACAGAACUCCGGCGCCUCAGUGAGCGCCAGGCCGUGGAGACGGCAGGUGUGAGCCGUGGGCUGGAGCGUGCCGUCCUGGGCGCCCGCAGGGAGGAGCGUCGCCUGCUGGAGAGGGUGGAGCAGGACCACCGCGACGCCCAGCGCCGGCUGGAGCAGUUGCAGAGGGAGAACGCGGCGGCGGCCCGGGUCAGCCAGGCACUGCUGGACCAGAGGCUCGGGAAACUGGCCCGCCUCCGUGAGCAGAUUCAGAGGUCGGGCCAGGGUCACGGUCAGGCCGACCCAGCCCUGCUGCUGAAGGGGGUGGCGGAGCUCCUCCAGCCCUGGGAAAUCUCCCUGUCCCUGAGGAAGGUCAGCUUCAGGCCCAGCUCGCAGCCCAAUGCCGUCACCUUUGGGGACAUGCACGUGCAGGACCUCGAUCUGUGCUUCCCGGUCGGGGGCUGCGGUCCCCAGGGGCAGCUGUGCGCCCUGCAUUCUGGAGAGACGCGGUGUGGAGACGCCGAUCACGGAGGCGCCUGGGAGGGGCGGAGCACGCCAGACGGGGCGGGGCCGGGGCAGGCUGUCACUUCGCCGACGUCUGGCGGGAACCUGCGGGUGGUGAGGAAGAUCCGUCUCUCGGCGCGGAGCGACGAGGAGUCCGGGGGGGAGGAGCUCAAGCUAGCGUCGCCAAGGACCCAACACUGGCCCCCCAAACACGAGCCUGUGGACCGGGAAUCCUCCCAGGAAGAGGAGCUGGAAUCUCUGACCUCUGAACCGCGUGGAGAAGACCUUUUCCUGGCCGUCCCCGCAUUGCUCAGUAACGGAGAUUCCGAGGGGGAGGAGGUAGGGUACAGGUCCGGUAGCGGCGACGGCCGACGUCGCUCACUCCGAAACCAGAGAAAACCCUGUGCACUAGCCCUGGUCUCCGGCCGCAGUCCCUCCUCCCCUCCAGAAGGGGGUAGGCUGGAGCACAGGCCCCUGAGCCAGCGCUGGAGCCUGGACAGCCAGGAUGGAGACAGAAGGAGAGCGUCUCAGAUCGAAUCCCCCCGAGGCGUGGGCAGAUGCAGCCACGCGGUGCUGCGAUCUCCCAGAGCCAGCCCCAGGGAGCACCUGAGCAGCCUCAGCUGCCUGGACCUCACCUCCCAGGGGGACCGCCCGCGCUCCCGCCUCAGCGCGUCCUCCGACGACCCCGCCCCGACGACCCCCGGCCGCGCCCCGUCCCCCGCCGACAGCCUGGACUCCUGCUACACCUACACCGUCAGCUCCCCUCGCGGACACGCCCUCCGCGGCUCCCUCAACCACGACCCGCGCCUCUCGAAGUCCGCCGCUGACCUGACACGCAAGACCCGCCCCCUCAUCAACAAUGGGAAAGGACAACACAUGGGUGUGUGGAAGGUUAACCGGAGCAGUCUGACCUCUUCGCCCGCCUCCUCCUCUCUCACGCUGGGCAGAGGACCCAGAAUCGGGGAGGUUGGACGGAUGCCUUCCUGCCCAGGACCCAGGGACUCCAGCGCUCGCCGCCCACCCCACUCUGGGAUGGUGGGGAGCCCCAGUAGGGUGUCCAGGUCUGUCUCCAUGUCUGUGAUCGACGGAUCUUCUGAGGAGCCAAGCAGAGGAAGAGGAGAAAGGGGGGAACCGACGUUGAUAGAGACGGAGGAGGAGGGCGACCCUUCAUCCCUCCAGCCCUACGCUGGCUGCUUGAUUCGUCAGUUCGGCAAGCAGGGCUCCGGGCGUGCCGACUUCACCCUGCCCAGCGGGGUGCACGCCACACCCCAGGGACAGCUGUUCGUGGUGGAUUGUGGGAAUGCACGCGUCCAGGUGACCGACUCGCGGGGCAACGUUCUCCAGCAGGUGACCUCCGCCACUUUGGAGGGUUCGUCCCGGCGCUGCCGGAACUACUUUGACAUCGCCGUCAACGCCAAGGGCCUGCUGGCGCUGAGCUGCGCGGCGGAGCGCGCCCUGCUGGUGUUCAGCCGCCACGGCCGCCUCCUCCAGACGUUCGGGGGGUCGGGGAUGGGGGCGGCGAAGGACGAGCUGGAGGCGCCGCGCGGCGUGACGGUGACGCGCCUGGACGAGUUCCUGGUGGCCGACAUCCGGAGGGGCACUCUGGUCGCUAUGAAGCUGGACCCCAAGACGGGCUCCCGGCUGGAGCGCACGGUGGUGACGGGCUUCCACCGGCCCUACCUGGUGGCGGCCUGCCUGGCUUCAGGCUUGGUGGUGGUGUCGGAGAGGGGCAGCGAGACCGGACGCGAGCCCUGCGUCAAGGUGCUGGAGCCUGGCUGGAACACGGUGAGGGUCCUGGGGGUGUGCUCGGGCAUGGGCCCCGUCCUGGUCUGUCCCUGGGGCAUCUGCAUCGACGGGGAGGGGAACGUGUUGGUGGCAGACUGGGGCGAGCAGCACAGGGUGGUCCUGUACCCCACCCAGGGGGCUGGCAGGGUCGUGGUCUCCCAGGGGCUAAGUAGUCCUCGGGGCUUGGCUCUGCUGCCCGAAGGACACCUGGUGGUGUCAGACAGCAUGCACCACUGCGUUAAGAUCUACCAGUACAAAUGAAGCUGACUGGAUUGCACUGUGGACUGGAUGGGUCUAUUAAGGCCACGCUUGCAGUGCUCGGCAAUAUGAAAGGAUAGGAUGUAAGUCAGGAUUUUGCAGGAGCAAGUGAGGAUGAGCCAGCGCGAGGACUUGCUGUGAUUUUAACUGAGAUUUAUUCAGGUUCAUUAUAAAUUAAUACUUUUUCCUCAGAUAAAACGGGAUUCUUACUUGGAAGUAACUUUUGGUGUUUUUUUUUUACCCUAUGUUCCUAUUUUACUGACACUAGACACUGUAAUACCACUGGUACUGUAAAAGUAAUAUAUCUGUUAGUACUGUUGUACCGUAUGUAAUCUAAACAUUACUCUCUCUAGUUGGGGCAGUUCUAUGCUCUAUUUUAACCUUGUAAGAGAUGAUAGGCUGAAAUAUUACCUGUAGGGGUCAGCAUUGAGAUAACAAAUACUGUCUGUCAUGAAAACAGCAGGGUUUCGGCCCAUAACAUAACCCUAAGUGUAUUUACACACGCACUGUGGUCAAUGGCUCAUUUGGUAUGUACCAAAUAUGUUUAUCGUCAGUAGUCAGUUAUUUCAUGUUUUUUACUUACUGUUUUAACUUCUGACAUUUAAAAAUGUAUUUUAUCAUCCAUGUAAUACGAUAUUAUCACUUUUGUGUGAGUGUAAAGAAGUGUUGUGGUUGUCUGGACUGUCACGGUCCCCGAGUAUUUCUGGAAUCUUGGGGACCGUUCUAGUAUGUUAACACAAACUGUUGACUCAAACUAUACACUCUCCCCCAAACUCAAUAUGACUUUCUGUCACAGGAAACAUAAAUUCUCCAUUCAAUAAAAUAUUCAUUUUGACACUUCAUUUUGACGCUUCUGUGUAAGUGCUCAAAUGAAUUGAGUAUGCGACUUCUCAAAUGGCUGCCUACAUUCUCUCUCUUACCAACGGAAACAGCUGAAUCAUGCUGUUGACUGACGAAUCUCCCUUAAAGACAUCUGGAUAGUGUGCUUAUCCGUGGGAUUAUUGGCAACAUAUUCUCAUAGCUAUUAAUUGUACCCUAAAAUAAACCUCGCAGUGGUAUGACACAUAAAUAAGUGGAUGGUGUCUUUGAGUUCACCGUCUGCCUUCAGAAGAUCUGUGUUUCCUAUGAUAGUUGUGGAUUACCCCCAAGACUUCGGUUUCGUGUGGAUACUGAGUUUGCAAACGCCCCGAGGGCUGUAGCCUACUGAAGCCGUUCUGCCUCCAAACGGUUUUCUCUCUCCCCCGUUAAUCACCACACUACUUUGCUACAGCUCUAGCA